CGAGGGGGCGCCCCAGGACCUCGGUGUCCUCGUUGCCCGUGGCAACCGGCAAUCCUUGGCUCUGGCUUAGGAGGCGCUCAAGUAGAGCGGCAAAAUGGCCCUGAGCCCCUGGACCCCAGGGCUGGGCGCUGGCGAGAAGCUGGUGCAGGCGGCUGCCGUCUCCACCGGCCCCUCCCUGGAGUUAUGCACCUCACCCUCCACCCUGGGCUCCUCGGUCGCGGUCGAGGCGCUGGAGCAGCUGUUUGUUGUGGAACAAUCACUGCAAAGUGACUAUUUUAAAUGUAAUGAAGAAGCUAAGAUCUUUCUUAAGGACAUUGCUGUAGCUGUUAAGAAAUUGGAAGAAAUGAGAAAAGCCACAAUCGAUCUUUUGGAGAUUGAAAGCAUGGAACUCAACAAACUAUACUAUCUAUUGGAAACUCUUCCCAAUAGCAUUAAGAGGGAAUUGGAAGAAUGUGUCCGAGACGCUCGCAGAUUAAAUCUUUUUGAGAUAAAUACAAUAAAAAUGAGAAUUACAAGGACAGAGAAUGAAAUAGAGCUUCUGAAGAAGAAAAUAACUGACCUGACAAAAUAUAAUGAAGCUCUGGGGGAGAAGCAGGAAGAGCUAGCAAGGAAGCAUGCAAGGUUUGUCCUGUCACUCAACCAAACUAUGGAGAAAAAAGCCACCACCACUAUUUACAUAAAUGAGACUUAUACCAAAAUAAACUUGAAGAGAGAAGACAUAGCAUUGCAAAAAAAACGUAUUCAAGAGGCAGAGGAGCUAAUGGAAAAAGAAAGGGCAGAAUAUCUAAUAAGAAAACAGGAGUUGAUUGCACAGAUUAAUGAAUUUGAAAAUACCCGUGAAGUAAAGAGAAUGGAGACUUAUCAAAAGAAGAAAGAAUUGGAUAAAUUACAAACUAAAAUGUCAAAAAUAAAAGAAACAGUUACUGUUUCCACAGCGGUUCUUAGUGAUCACAAUUUAGAGAUAGCACGACUACACGAAUCAAUAAGGUAUUGGGAACAACAGGUCAGUGAGCUAAAGAAAGCCCUUGCAAUUCUGGAGGUGAAACUGUGUUUUUUCACAGAUAACAAAGAAAAACUAGAUGAUAUAUCUAAUGAUGAAAAAAAUGAAUUCCUGAACAAGAUAAAACAGCUGGUUGAAACACUGCAUGCUGCUCGUAUGGAAUACAAAGACCUACGAGAGAAAAUGAAAACUCUUGCCAGACAAUAUAAGAUUGUUUUAAGUGAGGAAGAAAAAGCUUUUUUGCAAAAACAAAAGAUUCAUGAUGAAAAUCAGAAACAGCUGACAUUUAUUUCUCAGAAAGAAUACUUUCUGUCACAAAAGAGAGUAGACAUCAAAAAUAUGGAAGAAGGACUCAUCACACUCCAGGAACUUCAACAAGCAACAAAAACAGUGUAUCAGCAACAAAUCAAAAUCCUGAGUGCUAACCUGGAAAGAGAAAGUCAGAGAUGUGUUAUAACUCAGUGGAAAAUGGCUUGCUUGAGAAAAAAGCAUGCACGUUGGACAGCCAAGAUAAAAGCUGAAAUACAAGCUAUUACAGAAAAAAUUCAGAAUGCAGAAGUUAGACGAAUUGAAUUACUUAACGAGACCAGUUUCAGACAACAGGAGAUCAGUGAAUUUGUGGCACAGAUUGAAAAACUUACAACAGAAUUAAAAGAAGAGGAGAAAGCAUUUGUUAACAAAGAAAAAAUGUUACUGAAAGAGUUAAGCAAAUAUGAGGAAAUAUUUGUUAAGGAAACACAAAUGAACAAAGAAAAGGAAGAAGAACUAGUUGAGUAUCUUCCACAACUUCAGGUGGCAGAACAAGAGUAUAAAGAGAAAAGAAGAAAGUUAGAAGAGCUCAGUAAUAUUAUUACAGCACAAAGACAGGAGGAAGAUUUACUGAACAAUCACAUUUUUCUGUUUACAAGGGACUUUUCAAGAUACAUUAGCAACACGGAGGAUGUAAAACAAGAAUUAAAACAAUUAAGAGAUCAAGAAAGCAAAAAAAACAAAGAUCAUCUUGAAACUCUAAAGAACUUAGAAAAUGGAUUCUACAUAAAUGACCAAAAAGCAGAUCUUCUGCUCCUGGAAAAUAAAAAAUUAAAAGAAUACAUUUUAUACUUGAAGAAUAACAUAGAGAAAUACAGAGAAGGACAAGAAGCCCUCAUGCACACCUCAAGUGACUUGUCUCGGCAACUAAUAGCUCAGGAGGCACAAUAUAAGGAUUUGUGGGCUGAAUUUCAGACCACAGUUAAGAUCUUGGUGGACAAUGGUGAAGAGACCUUGCAAGACAUAAAAAAUCUAACAGACAAGCUGCGUGAAAGAGAUGAAAAAAUGCAGCAUGUCAGUACAUGGCUACGAGGGAGUCUUGAAGGGCUGCGUUUGCUUGUGGAACAGGAAUCACCAAUGGACCUUCUUAAGAAGAAGAAACACAUUCGUACAAGGGUUCAUUUCCCAGUGGUUAAAUGUACUGAGAAAAAUACAUUAACAAAAUAACUCAAGGAUACAAC